AUGAGGGAACAGAGCGAUCAAACAAGACCGCAGCAGAGCGAGGAGGAAAUCCACUGCGACCUCAGUGUGACCUCAACCUUCGCUAAAACCCUCCAAUCAUCAUCCCGCCAGAGCCGACCUCUAUUGAUGCAGGACGGGAGCUGGAAUCCGCCGCUCCCCGUCUCUCCGCUGCUCAAGGGCCCGGCAGGACGCGAGACCUUGGAGGGCGAUGGGGGGGUGUUUUCCGAGGCGUCCUCCGACGGGGAGCUCUACCUGGACUCGGUGACGGAGCUGGAUUCCGGAGGAGACGGGGACUUCGCAGAUCUCACUGCCUUCCUGAGUGCAGAAGAGAUACACCGCAGCCUGGACCUGGCCCUGGAGGCCUUUGGCGACACGUUGGUGUCUGAAGACCCCGGCCCCCCCUCUAAUCCCACAUCCCAGGAGCAGGCUCCCCGACCUGUGCUCUCCUUUGAGACUGAAAACCUCUUCACAGGCCCAAUCGUGCAGCACCAGACCAAAGCCCCCCUAUCUGUGCCCCUUGAAAGUACUGCAGGUGAAGUCUCUUCCAGCCAGUAUGCCCCCCCACACAAGCCCCGACAGGUGUCCGUCGAGGCCCCGCCGGCCCCCCGCAAACCCACGCAGCCCGUUUACAAGCAGGACAAACCCCGGCUGGUCCACGAAGGCCUGGAGCUGAACGAUCGGUCCGCUUCCGCCACGGAGUUCUGCAGCCGAGCCGCCACAUUCAUCGAGGAGCUGUCGUCCAUCUUCAAGGCUUCUGCUCAUUCGGAGCAGCAGGUGGAGGAGGACUCCUCCUCUCCCGACAGCGGCUAUCUGACUCCGAGGGGUCAGAGACCGGCCCCCCAGGGCUCGGCCUCAGCUCCCGCUCCGGCCCCCUGCCAGGAGGCGGAGACACGGACCAGCCAGCCGGCCUCGAGCCCGGAGCCUCCGGCCGGCGUGCGGUCUCAGCACCCCGGAGCUCCGACCGUGCAUGGACCGCUGUCUCCACCCUGCUUCCACCAGAAGCUGAAGAGCCAGGAGGUGGCGGAGGGGAGCCCCAUUCAUCUGGAGUGCAGAGUCGUGGGAAACCCCCUGCCGCUCGUCAGAGACCGGGAGACCACGGGACCGCUCAGGUACCAGAGGGAACCCUCUAGAACCGCUCAGCUACCACAGGGAACCCCCCUUCAUCUCGGCUACAGGCAGUGGUCGUUGUCACGAGAGAGGUGGUUCUGUGAAGGCCGCGAGCUCCACAACUCGCCCGACAUCCAGGUCUGGAGGGACGGUGACCUGCACACGCUGGUGAUCGCCGAAGCCUUCGAGGACGACACGGGACGCUACACCUGCGUGGCUUCCAACAGCAUCGGAGCGGACAACACCUCCGCCGAGGUCUACAUCGAAGGAGCUUCGUCGUCGGACUCGGAGGGAGAAGGAGCCGAGUCCAAGUCCGGAUCAGGAGCCAUGCCUCAAGUGCAGAAAAAGACCACUUCAUUGUCCCUGACGAUACGCUCGCCGUCACCCAAGACCUCCGAGGGCCUCGCUCAUCGCUCCACCCUGGUCCAGUCCCUGUCUCGGCCUCCACAGCGGAUCCAGAGCCCAGUGUCGUCAACGUAUGGGGGCGAGGUGCCUGGUCCUCCUAUCUUCACCAAGCUGCUGCAGGACGCCCAAGCAUCCGAGGGCCAGGUGGUGGUUCUGGAGUGCCGGGUCCGAGGAAGCCCUCCUCUGCAGGUCAGAUGGUACCGCCAAGGGGAGGAGAUCCUGGACUCCCCCGAUUUUCGGGUUCUCCAGAAAAAGCCUCGGUCUGCAGCCGAGCCAGAGGAGAUCUGCACCCUGGUGAUAGCCGAGGCCUUCCCGGAGGACGGAGGCCGGUUCUGCUGCGCGGCGUCCAACCCGCACGGCUCCGUCAGCAGCGCGGCGCAGCUCUCCGUCGCCGCAGCCGAGGACUGCAGUAACAGCGUGUCUGGUGACAGCUCAGGGUUUGAGGAUGUGGCCGCCUUCCCCCCCCCUCCUCCCCCUUCUCCCCCCCCGCCCACGGAGAUCAGCCUCCUGGAGCUGCCACCCAAGAUGCCGUCUCAGCCCGGCGCGUUCCUUAUCAGGGAGCUGGAGAUCUGGCCCGGUGCGCUGUGCCGGGAGGUGGAGGUGGAGGCGGAGGGGAAUGACUCAAAUCUAGCAUCACUAAGCCCACCUAAAGGAACCACACCCCCACCACCACCACCACCACCACCUCCGGCACAGUCUCACCCAGCUCAAAGUCCAGCCCGAGUGGCACCAGACUCCCCUCCGUCCCCGUGGAAGGACGGUCCUCCACUGCCGACCAAGCCCAAACCGAAGCUAGCUGAGAGUGUAGACGAGGAGACGGGAAAUGACAGGAAGGGCGUCUCGUGA